CAUAACUUUUUAUGGCGGUGAGAUCGCCACGAACUUUUUAUGGUAAAGUGGUAGGGAAGAGCUCCUAUCUAGACCUUUACCGUUUGUUUAUUCGUAGGAUUUCAGCCUCAUAAUAAUCCGUAUAUUUGUGCCCUGUGUGGGCAAUAAAAAUUACAUUAAAUACUGAUGUUUUCCUUCAACCUCUAAAUGUAUAUUAACAUAUUGUAUUAGUUAUCUUUUAAUUAUUCUGGUCGUUAGUAUCGUAAUAAUGACCUCCGUAGGUCAUAAUUUGUACUACAUAUUAACGUUUACCUUUAUUCUGUACCCUUUUUUACGGAUUGUCUGCUUCAUUUAUAAUAAAAUUUGGAAGGUGGAAAAUUGUGAAAAUUUUAUUGAUAGAAUCCAUGCUGAAAACGAUGAUAAGGGUGAGGAAGAUGAUGGUUUGAUACCUUCGUUGCCUGAAGAACUAGAACAUAUUCCGUUGAAAUUUGGAAGAUUAUCAGUGGACGAAAGUUUGAAAAGGUCUGAAGACUUUUAUGUUUUAUUGAAUAGCAGGCGUUCUGUAAGACAUUUUAGUAAAGAAACUGUACCAUUGAAAAUAAUCCAUAAUAUAAUUAAAACAGCAGGAACAUCGCCUAGUGGAGCCCAUACAGAACCUUGGACUUACAUCUGCGUCAUUUCAGAGGAAAUGAAACAGAAAAUACGCACAAUUAUAGAGACAGAAGAAGAAAUAAAUUACAAGAAAAGAAUGGGUAAAGUUUGGACAACAGAUUUAAAACCAUUAAAGACGAAUUGGAUUAAGGAAUACCUGACAGAUGCUCCAUGUUUAAUAUUAAUCUUCAAACAAACAUACAGCUUCAAAAAUGACGGUCAAAGAAGAUUGCAUUAUUACAACGAACAAAGUGUCUGCUUAUCUGCUGGAAUACUUCUAGCAGCAAUUCAUAAUGCAGGAUUAGUAAGCCUUGUAUCGACUCCACUAAAUUGUGGUCCGGCAAUAAGGGAGCUCUUAGGGAGACCAACAUACGAAAAAUUGUCAUUACUUCUUCCAGUUGGAUAUCCAGCUGAAAAUUGUACAGUACCAGAUUUGAAGAGAAAAGCCCUCGAAGAAAUCCUGAUAGAAUUUUGAUAUAGUUCUAUUAACUUAUUUAAUUCAAUGUAGUAACGGAACAAACAGCUGCAAAGUAGUUAUUAUGAACAGUUUUCGUAUCUUGGAUACCGAUAUUCAAUAAAUCAUUGUUUCAGUUUUUUAUAUUUUUGAGUGCAAUUACCUAAUUACUACGCUGUUGCAGAGUCACCAAUUAAAAUAUCCAUAAGAAUGAAAAUGUUCAUUUGAUUUGUGAUAUUAUUCUAUUUUUUUCGUAGAAAAGUCGCAUAUUUCUUUAGUUGUUAAUGAAAAUUAUCGCUUUAUUCGUAGAAAAAAAAAAACUUUUAACUCACGGUAAUUAUGUGGAGGCGAUCAAAUACUCCGGAAAUAUUUAUUUUUAGAAAUUGACUUUUCCAAUUUUUUGACUUAAACAGCUACUAUGUAUGUUUGUGUGCAUGUAAUAUAAGUUUGAAUUUAAAUUUUAUAUCAAGAAUAUUUGCUCUUUAAAAAUGAAACCUACUGUGUACACACAUAAUAAGCAUCGUAUCAUAUCGUAAACUUUGAAAUAAAAAAAAUCCAUCAAAAAUGGCAACUGCAACCGAAGCAGAAGAAGCAAAUCCGGAAACAAGUGGAUUUACCAUGGAAUCUCAGUUUUACAAUUUUGCACGUUAUGGCGAGGAGACUGCGGAUGGAAAAACUAUAACUUUAACGAAAAGCGAUAAAUGGAUGAAACAAGCAAAAAUACUUGACGGAAAAAACGUUACAUUAACUGAUACAGGUUUUUGCUUUAGCAAGUUUAAGUAUGUACUUUUACAUUUGGUUAUUCAUAAAGCGACCCAUUCUCUUUAUAGAGCUUAUGCUAUAAAGUUUGACGAUUAUAUGAUAUUCUUGGAAGAUCUUGCACAAUAUAAACAACUGGAUGCGGAAGAAAUUAAAAAUAAGUUAGUUCUAUGUGGGCUUCCAGGAGCUAGUGAAAAGCAAGAUGAUAAGAAAAGAAGACGCUAAAUUUACGUUUUUUACUAAUCUAUAAAAGUAUUGGAAUUUGUAGAUGACGCGAAAAAUGAAUUACCUAUUGUACACUUAGUUUUUAAUAAAAAUCAACUUUCGGUUUUGUA